GGUACGCGGGGGGAUCGUCAGAAAGCCGGUGCGAAAGAAGCCGCCGGAGGUCUGGAAGUGGCGUCUGAAAACCGGCGCCGGGACCCGAGGAGGAACGCGGGCCCGUUUUGGCAGUCCGUGUGCGGCAUCGAUCGCGGCGCCGCUUGCAGUCGAGGAGACGGUCCCCCGCGCUCGGUACUCGCGCCCCGUGAGCAGCUGCCUAGCAGCGUCGUCGUCGUGCCGCUGGCAGCAGCCGCGUUGGCUCCGGACUGCACCUAUGCUUCCGGCGUUAGUGCGCUGCUCGUGGUGGUCGAGUCGUGGUCGGAGCAGCAGCUAGGGAUAGGCAUUGCGUGGUGGUGCGCGAUGAUGCCUCCUCCGCCUCCGCCCCUGGCCCUGGUUUCGCCUUUUGGGCCGUGGCUGCUGCAAGCGGGCCUGGGCUACGUGCCGCUCAGGCGAGAACCGCACUUCCGGUGCCUCGCUGCAGCAGUGCCCCCACCACGCGUGCUUCUGUGCUGUGAGGGCCCGCUGGGCCGAGUGGUGCCGUGGCCGCAGCAGCAGCAUGGCCCUGCCUGCCCAGCCAAGUCCUUGAGGCUCGGUCCCAGUGCGCUCUGGAGAAGACAGCAGCGCAGGCACCGACACCACCACCGGAGUUCCACCAUGGGGCAGAAGGUCACCACCGGCCUCAAGGUGGUUCAGCCAAUGGAGGAAGAGAGUCUGGUGGGUCAGCCAUCAGUUGCCCACCCAAGCCGGCCUGGCUGGAUCCAUGACGUGCGGGAGCCCCAGCGGCCGUUGCGACUCGAACUGCUACUGGACAUGCCGCCAGCUAGUCCAGAGUUACAGUGCCGGCAUGCCUGGAACCCCGAGGAUCGGUCACUAAACAUUUUUGUCAAGGAAGAUGACCGGCUCACCUUCCACCGACAUCCUGUUGCUCAGAGCACGGACUGCAUUCGUGGCAAGGUGGGUUACACACGAGGGCUUCAUGUGUGGGAAGUCCGUUGGAGUACGCGGCAGCGGGGCACGCAUGCUGUGGUGGGUGUGGCCACACGGGAUGCCCCACUUCACUCGGUUGGCUACCAGUCCUUGGUGGGCAGCAACCGUGAGUCAUGGGGAUGGGACCUGGGCCGGAACAAGCUGUAUCAUGACGUUAAAAACAACCCCGCUGUCACCUAUCCUGGUGACUGCCGUCCAGCUGACGAGAUCUUCUUAGUACCGGAUGCAUUCUUGGUUGUUUUGGACAUGGACGAAGGCACGUUGGCCUUUGUGGUUGAAGGCAGAUACCUGGGCGUGGCAUUUCGGGGUCUGCGGGGCAAGAAACUCUACCCAGUGGUCAGUGCAGUCUGGGGCCACUGUGAGAUCACCAUGAAGUAUAUUGGUGGACUCGACCCGGAGCCACUUCCCCUAAAGGAUAUCUGCCGGCGAGUGAUACGGCAGCGUGUCGGCAAGACCCGCUUGUCACGGGUGCAUGAACUGAACCUUCCAACGGCUCUCAAGGCAUACCUGCUGUAUCAAGACCGGACCAGUUAAUGACCGCCAGCCCUGUGCCACACGGGCUGCCUAGAGUCCAACUGCCGAUCCCAACCCUCACGCCAGUCUCACGCCACGGGUCUGCCUCAGGAAUCCUACUCAUGAGCAAAGCACAGGGUGGAUUUGUGCCAUAUUUAUGCUGAUGUAAGGCAGGUGCAUUGUUCUCUAGUAGUACAUUGCUUUCUUGAAAACCUUGAUGGCCUAUAUUUCUGGCAUUGUGGGGAGAUGGCAACUCUGAAUUAUUUGUCUUGCUUCAUUUGGUUGCUUAUUGCGCAGUUCUUAAAUAGUCUGCAAAGGAAGCUCUUCAAUUUUUUUUUAGCUUUUCAAGUUCACUCUAUCAUUAUUCUGGUAGACUUAAAAUGCAAAUUCUUUUUGUCAGCAUUCUGGAAAAAGCUUUCAAUCAACGCCCGAGCGUUCACGAAAGGUUAGCAUCGUUGCGACCUCUGUAAAAGGGAUUCGAGCUGUUGCUAAGCCUUUCCUAAAUUACUAGAACAACGCACUCUUUUGAACGCGCUAAUACUGAGGAAUUUUUAAAGAUGUAUCAUUUUGAGCGAUUUGUUAUUUUCACACGUGUUCUCAUGUGCUACCACUUUGUUGACGUGUUCAUUAUCAUUAUUAGCAAAUGGCAUUGCUAAUAAUAACAUUGUGUUUGCAUUCCAGUAUUUAAAGUUGAAGAGCACUCGAAACUGUGCGAGUUGGGACAGGCAUUUGCUUAUGCUUUGUGAAGAACAAGCAGUAAUUUAAUUCUGGCCAAACAGAGCUUUUAAGGAGUCUCUAAUGGGGUUCAUGGGAGGAUGAACUGUAAAUAACGGUAUAUUUAUGUAUUCUAUUAUUUAUUUGAUAUACUCUCUUAAAUAUUUCUUUUUCGCCAUGCCAAUAUUGUAAUGUAACGUAGAUUGUUUUUAUUAUCCAUGUUGUUUUAUUUUGACUUCUAAAUUCAGCUGUUUAUAAUUCUUCAGUUCCUUAUUACAUGACCAUUCCUGCCUUAUAUUUGGAUAAAUAUGGUUACUGGCACAUGUGAAAAUCGUUUAGAAGAUGGUUGGUGCAUGUUGCUUCAUUUGACAUACUUCACAAAUGCUGUAUGAUGACGAUGUUCUUGUGCAGCACCCUUCUUGGCAAUCGUAACCACUGCAGUGUACUGCAUGUAUUUUGCUAUUUGCAGUUGGUAGAAUUACAAUCUCGCUAAACAUUACUAUAGUAUUGAUCCUUACGUUAUAGGAUAUGCGAUUCUAUGUAAAAUAUUUCAUGGUGUGCUUACCAAAGGGCUUAGUGCAGCUAUUUCAGUGGCUGGCACCUAACUUGGUGACAUGUAGCAUUGUAUAUUGUUAUAGGGCGCAAGUUGUUUGAAACAAGGUGAUCAGCAAGUUAUCUGACAUGUCCUGUUUGAUGCAUUGCUUCUGUUAGUUCAGUUACAAAUCCACCCUGUGGUGUAUGUGCAGUAUGUCAAAGUAGUUAAGUGCAGUAUUUAAGAGGUAAGGCAUGUUCUGAAAUAGUGGGACUCUGCAGAGGGUGCAUUGCAAAUUGAGGCACCUUUUGGUGCUGAGUAAUGUGUGAAUUGCUUGGGACUCGGCUCUGUGGCACUUAAAGGCAUUUGUGCAGCAUUAUGUGAGUUUGCAGAUAACCUUGGCGCCUGUCACAUUGCUUUUAAUUUCCAUGUUUGUGGGCAUAGCUUAGCCACACCUACUAAUGACAGCAUUUGCCAGUGCAAUGUUGUGUGCACAGUUUCGCCGCCUCUGUCGUCGACUUUGUUCUGAGCGACUAUGCUGUGAACACUCCAAGUGACACCAAGUUGUAGGCGCUGUAGACCAACCAAACCAGUGAAGAGUGCAUCUGUUUUGGCGGCCGCAUUCUUCGCGAGAGGAACAAGCGGGAUAUUUUUGUGUUUGCGACACUCCAUGUGUGGCUGGACAAUUCUGACCACGGACUGGACCAUGGUUUGUUCAAUGUACAUAGAUGCUAAGUAUUUAGCUGCAGUGGGCUGACCGAAGUUUGGAAAAAGACUGCUGGGACAUUUACAGGCAUCUGGCAGCAGCAUCUUCGGUUGGAGCUGUGUGUGUAGUGAGCUUCUGCUAAGGCUUGUCAUACACCAAAUAAGGAAGGCUGCAUUGAACCUAGGGCAGGAUGCUUUUUCAAAAGACUGCAGAGCUUAGCUGUCCGAUUACUGCUGAUCUGAUAUAUUACUGCGUGUGUUGUGUGAGGUGUAGAAACUGCUUUUGUUAUUGGCAGCUUGCAAUAGGAAAUUUUCAGGCCACAUAAUUGAACAGUUGUGAUGCAGAGGAACCAUUUAGGAUUUGCCUGUGCUGUGGCAGUAAUCAGUGAUGCUGCUUCAAGCAGCUGGUGUGUGCUUUUCCUUGUCCACUUGCUGCUUUUCUCUCUCAAGCAUCAGUUCGCAUCGAGCUGGAUGCAGUAAGUGUGCUGUGUAGUGCCUCUGAGCAAUAUAAUGCCGUUUCAGAAGUCCACUGUGAGUUCCACUGGAGGCUAGGCAGGUGCAUUCAUUUUCUAUAUUAGAAGCAACUUCAAAGAUUACCUAUCUUUCAUUUUUUUUUUGUUCACAUCAGUAUUUUCUGGCCAGAGUGAGCCUUUUGCAAGGUUGAGCUCGUUCUUGUUCAGGCGAAUGCCAUUAGGUGAUCAGAUUUGAAUGUGGUAGUGUGGUGCAGGACAUUUUAUCUCUCGAUACUGCCGUGGAAAUUCACGGGACUAGGAAUAUGUGUGUUCUUGCUCUAGUUUGGUGAGCAUAUUUGUGAAAUGUUGAGUGGUUAAUGCAGUCAUUGUGUAAGUUCUGCACUUGUGUUCAACUGCUGGGCACUGCUUCUUGUAUCGUUUGAAAAUGUCUAGGUUUAUGAAUUUGACAUAUGUCGCGCAUAUCCGAACACAGUGUCAGUGCUUGCAUCAAGAAAAUUGAUAGGUCUGCAGUUCUAUCUGCUAAGUGGUGCCUAACCAAUGCGUCCGUGUAUUUAUUGUCAUCCCUGUGUUAAUAGUGCGUGUCAAGGGUUGUCAUACUGCAGCAUUCACAGUAAUGCUCUGAAUUUAUUAAGAAUAUUAUGUUCAAAUGAGCAACUAAUGUGUUUGAGGGAUUUUAUCCCCCUUGUUUUCUCACUUCAACUGGGAAUAGCUCUAAGCAACACCUUGCCAAUGUAUAUUUGGCUUUGUAAAUGAAGCAGAUUUUACAUUGUUUGCUGAAA